UAUGUGCACGCGCGUCUUUCUCUUUCUGAUAAUUUAAGUUCUAAGUCUUAAACUUUAUCAACGAAAGUUAUUACCGAAAUCUUCCGUACUCUAGGUAUCAGAUUUAAAACCAUAGAUUCUGGUAAAUUAAUCAUCAUGGAUUGCGGCCAACAGGAAAUCCAAAAAGAAACAACAGGUCCUAAUUCAAGUGUACAACAAAAUACAAUGGUAUACCAACAAAAAAACUUGGAUGAUUUUGAUAAGCAGUGCUUACCUAGUAACUCAAAUGGCUUAAAUCAAGAAAAAGAAUAUUCUCAAUCUGAUAAGAACAUUAGCCAUGUGGAAUGUAGUAUUGGUAAAGUUCAUCAGAUUCUCAAAGACAAACAUUUGAUGUAUCCAAUUCUCUCAAACCUUUUAACAGACAUUAGAGAUUAUUUUAACUUAAGUGUGGCCCACUAUGACGAGGCAGAUAUUUUAAUGGACGCAGUAGGAAUUGACACCUACAUUGCAUUGUUCAUUGAGAAUCUGGUAAACACAUCUUCCCUGAGUAAACUUCAAUCUGAACCGAUUAUAUGGGAAGCAUAUAUGAUGGGCAAAGAAAAUAACGCCCGUAAUGGAACCAAAACACCCACAAAAGAACCACAAUCAGUUGUUGCUAAUGACUUGCCAUCAACAUCCAAAAAACUCAGUCUUGUGAAUAUUGAAGAUAUUGACAUGCAUAAAAGAAUCAAAAAGCACUUUCAACAAUAUCAACUAUUAAAGAAAAAUGAGCGGCGAGUAAUUAAAGCUACAAAAUAUGGAAUAAGAGUAUUGGAUUUGGAUAACAAUAAUUAAAAAAGAUUAUUUUCAUCAACACUUUUUAUGGUUUCUCUUAAAGUCUGACAUACUGUAAUAUUACUGAGAAAAAAAAAUCAAAUUAUGUUUUUAUUGUACUUUACCAC